AAUUUUUGGUAGAAGAGAAGCAGUUAAGGAGAAAAAAAAGAUUUUCAUUUCAGUAACCAAAGCAAUCCAGGUGGCAAUGAUAUGGAUUCUAUAACAAAGAAAACGAGGCAAGAUGGAUCAGAAGUUACUGAAAGACUUAUUACAGAGACUGUAACCACAAGACUGACAUCCUUGCCACCCAAAGGAGGAAGCAGCAGUGGGCUCAAAACAUCAUCCCACACUGGAGGGAGUGGAGUGGAAAAGCGGUCGUACAGCCAUGGAAGCUAUGUGACCUCAAGUGGAAGUGGUAGAUUGAAUUCAACAUCAUCAUCCUCCAGCUACAGACAAGCCCAGUCUCCCAGUUCUACUCUCACCAAAUCACCUGGCUCAACAUUUGAAAGAAAAACCUAUGUCAACCGCCAUGCAACAUAUGAAGGGAGCUCCAGUGCCAACUCUUCUCCUGAGGUUCCCAGAAAAGAUUUUGCAUCUGCCUCUACGAGAGGGAGAAGCCAAAGUCGAGAGAGUGAAAUACGAGUCCGACUGCAGAGCGCAUCUCCCUCUGGCAGAUGGACAGAGUUGGAUGAUGUGAAACGUUUGCUGAAAGGAAGUCGAUCUACCAGCUGCAGCCCUACUCGGUCGCCAUCCAGUACACUCCCAAUACCGAAAAAGGCUGUGGUGGAGACGAAGAUGGUCACUGAGAGCUCUCAGUCAGUGUCGGGGACAUAUGACACAACCAUACUGAAUACUGCCCUCCCUUCAUACAUGUGGUCUUCCACUCUGCCUGCUGGGUCUUCCCUUGGUGGAUACCAUAACAGCUCUUCCUUGAUCAAUGCCAUGUCUCACUCUACAGGAUCAGUUUUUGGUGUUCCAAAUAACCUGGCCCCCAGCAAUCAUACUCUGAAUGCAGGCCUGAGCUCUUCCUCUACAGUAUUUGGAGUCCAAAACAACCUGUCUCCAAGCUCUUCUUCUACAGCCCAGAAUGCUACAGCAGCCUCUGCAGCAUAUGGGAUAAAGAACACUUCUCAGAGCAACACCAUGGCAAGUACUGGUGUGUCUGCCUCAGCAGGAGGAACUGUUUUGAGCUCCCAGGGAGAUGAUGUUCUGCGCAAAGACUGCAAGUUCCUGCUGCUGGAGAAGGAGAAGGCACCAGCAAAGGAGAUGGAGCUCUUGGUCAUGACAAAGGACACUGGCAAAGUCUUUAAUGCUUCUAACACUGGGCUUAAUGGAGGAUCUUUUGUAGAAGACACCUUGAAGAAAGAGAAGCAGGGAUUUUCCUCCUCUUAUGCUACAGAUACUGGCCUAAAAUCAGAUGCAAAUGGAGGGCUGAAAUCCAUGCCAAAAAGGGACAAGGAAACUUAUGCAGAAAUACGAAGUGGUGAUGCAGGAGGUGCAGUUGGAUCAACACCAUCCUGGUGUCCCUGUGGUUCCUGCUGUAGCUGGUGGAAAUGGCUCCUGGGUUUGCUUCUAGCCUGGUUGUUUCUCCUUGGAUUGCUUUUUGGACUCAUUGCUCUGGCUGAAGAAGUGAGAAAGCUGAAAUCUCGUGUGGAAGACCUGGAAAAAAUUAAUGGUGGCCUCCUGGCAUUUAACCAAGGGAAUUCAAAAAUAGAAAAGGAUGUUUCAAGAGUAGACUUUCUUCACGGUAACUCACUCUCCUCCACCUUCCCAUAUGAAAAUGAAGAGUCAGUCUGGUUGAUGGUGAAGAGCAGACUGAAUAAGGAAAUAGAACGAGGCUACUUCCGAGGGGAGAGAGGAGAACGUGGUGAGAAAGGUGACAUGGGAAUACAAGGUCCCAAAGGUGACCGAGGACUUCCUGGUGUCCCAGGCAUUCCUGGUCCAAUUGGGCAUGCAGGACCAGAAGGACCAAAAGGACAGAAGGGAAGCAUGGGUGAGCCUGGCAUGGAAGGUCCCAUGGGACAAAGAGGUAGAGAAGGGAUACCAGGGCCUCGAGGGGAGCCAGGACCACCUGGAUUUGGAGCAAAAGGAGACAGAGGUAAGAGUCAACCAGGUCCGCCAGGGCCACCUGGACCCCCAGGUUCUGCUGGCCUAAAAGGUCUCAUGGGUUCUCCAGGCCCACAAGGCCCUCCAGGUCCUCCUGGCCUACAAGGAUUUAGAGGUGAAGCAGGACUCCCAGGUGCUAAAGGUGAAAAAGGAGCCAGUGGACCCCCUGGACCCAAAGGUGAUCAGGGUGAGAAGGGUUCUCGUGGAAUGACAGGUGAACAAGGCUCAAGAGGAAUACCUGGACCUCCAGGAGAGCCAGGGGCUAAAGGACCUGUGGGACAAGCGGGUCGUGAUGGACAGCCAGGUGAAAAAGGUGAACCAGGCCUUAUGGGAAUGCCAGGUGCCAGAGGCCCUCCAGGACCCACUGGAGAUGCUGGAGAGCCAGGUCUUACAGGACUCCAAGGACCACCAGGGCUUCCAGGCAACCCCGGCCGACCAGGAGCUAAAGGAGAACCUGGAGCUCCAGGAAGAGUCAUAAGUGCAGAGGGUUCAUCAACUAUUAGUCUGCCAGGCCCACCAGGUCCCCCAGGCCCACCUGGCCCCACUGGUCCCCCAGGUGUUCCAGGUCCUGUUGGACCAGCUGGUCUUCCUGGACAGCAAGGUCCACGGGGUGAGAAAGGAUCUCCAGGUGAAGCUGUGGUAGAAACCAUCAGAACAGAAGUCUCAUCAUUAGCAUCUCAAAUGCUAGGAGAUUUACAAGGGCGAGCAGGACCACCAGGUCCCCCUGGACCACCAGGUGAAUCUGUACAAGGACCCCCUGGACCUCGUGGUCCCCCAGGAUUGCCAGGACCUCCAGGCCCACCAGGGAGACCAGGAUCAUCCAUGUCCACCUCAGAAGCAUUCUUCACAGGCCCACCAGGUCCACCAGGACCACCAGGCCCGAAGGGAGACCAAGGCGAACGAGGUCCACGGGGAUUCACAGGAGAACCGGGUGAUCCUGGUCUUUCAACAUUCUCCUCCCAUGGUGAAAGAGUCACCAUACAGGGACCCCCAGGCCCGCCUGGCCCACCUGGACCAAAAGGUGAUGCAGGUGUCCCAGGUGCACCUGGCAUCCCGGGAGCAUCUCGAGGUGGAUCCAGACAAAUUCAGGGACCCCCAGGACCUCCUGGGCCACCUGGUCCUCCCGGCCCAAGUGGAGGUUCAUCUCAAGAGAUUCAGCAGUAUGUCACUGACUACCUGAAGAGUGACAAUGUCAGACAUUAUUUGACUGGUGCCCAAGGCCCGCCAGGCCCUCCAGGCCCACCCGGACUUAUCACCACUGCGGAUGGGGUGACCUUGGAUUAUGCAGAGCUGGCUACCCGUGUCAUGAGCUAUAUGACAAGCUCUUCAGGUCGCUAUGAGUCAUUUUCUAGCUCAGUAUCCAGUACAUCCACUUUGUACCAAGAACUUCUGGGCCUGCUGCAAAGAGAAGAAAUUCGUCAGUACCUCAUUGGACCCCAAGGCCCACCAGGACCUCCUGGGCCAGGGGGAGAUGGAAUGUCUCUGUCACUGGAUUAUGAUGAGCUGACCAGGAGGUUUAUCAACUACUUGUCAAAUUCUGGGAUGAGCAUUGGACUGCCUGGACCACCUGGGCCUCCAGGGUCACCUGGUAUAUCUUACAAUGACCUGACAGCGUACCUGCGAAACUCUGAAUUCAGUGGUGUUGUUGGGCCCCCUGGUCCUGCAGGUCCCCCAGGACCACCAGGGAUCCCUGGAUCACCAGGCACCUCUCUGGAGGACAUUUCUGCCUACCUUCAAAAUGCUGGAUACUCUUCCCUUUCUGGAGUCCGGGGCCCACCUGGCCCUCCUGGCCCUCCAGGACCACCAGGUUUCUCUGGAACCGGCCUCCUGUCCUAUGCUGAUAUCACCAACAGCGACGAGUUCAGGAGUGAGCUGAUCCAGUACCUGAAGAGUGAUGAAGUUCGAAGCUACAUCUCAGGACCCCCUGGCCCCCCUGGGCCACGGGGACCACCAGGACCCAAAGGAGACAGUGGCUUUGUGUCUGAGUCUGUGUCUUCAUCGUACCAAGGGUUACGAGCUUCUGAGCACUUGCAUGGAGGAUCCCUUGGUGCUGAGGACUCCCAUGGGGGCUCACUGGGCACAGGCAGCUCCAGAAGCAGCAUGUCCUCUUACCAUGCCUUAGUGGGCAGCAAUGGUGCUUAUGAUGCCUCCAUGGGCAUUGAUGGGCUGCUGACAGAGGAAGAAUCACACAGCAGAUCAGCAGGGUCAAGCAGAUCCUACAGCAACUCCUUUACCGGUUCCCUGGAUUACAACGAGCUGGCACUCCGUGUGUCAGAGAGCCUGCAGAGCCGAGGUAUUCUCCAGGACCUGAUGUCUUACACUGCACAGGGCCCUGCAGGUCCCCCAGGCCCUCCUGGUCCCCCUGGCAUCAGCAAGGUCUUUGCAGCCUAUGGCAAUGUCACCGCAGACCUCAUGGACUUCUUUAGAACACAUGGUGCCAUCCAGGGGCCACCCGGUGAAAAGGGGGAGAGGGGUUAUCGGGGACCCAAAGGUGACCCUGGGCCGAUGGGCCCACCAGGACGACAAGGGCACAGGGGACCAAAAGGAGAGAAGGGAGAGAAAGGUGAACAACUGUAUGUUGGCAGAAGAAAAAGAAGUGUUGGUGUUUAAGAGAAAGAGGUAGCUCAGUUCUGCACAGGGCAACAUUCCCAGGAGCCUGUAGAGAAUUAGCCUGAGUCUUCACUGCCUUAAUGCUGAAACAUCCUCACUGCUCAGCUGACCCCUUAGAGUUGAUAGUUCAGAUCUGAAUGUCUCUUGUGUGUGUCCAGCAUGGCCCAAGUGUGGGUGUUUGCUUCUGUUACUGAUGUUUGGCUUUGUGCCCCUGAGCUCCCAGGCUGAUGUCCUUGCGCUGACAAUGGGUGCCUGUCUCACAUAGUCCAGGGCUUCUUGUACUACUACCACAUAUGUAAAAAACUGGGUUUUUUUAACUAGCCAACUCUGCAGAAAAAGGAAAACAAACAAUCCCAUUCCCACCAAAUGCAUGGUUUGUCAGGGAUCAGAUGCAUCCCUGUGUGAGAAACCCUGGGCUUGCACUGCCCUGGGAUUCCCUCUCCACAAGCUCUGCUAACCCUAAGUGGAGCCCAUUUAUAGCAGCUCAGC